AACCUAUACGGCAAAUUUUUCUCCAAAAUUGUCUCAUCGAAUGUCAACGAACGUCAUCGUGGCUCGAUAUAGGUUUACUAUGUUUGCAAGCAAAUUAUCUUUGUCAAUCUCACAAUCAGUUAAAAGUAAUUUGACAAAUAUUCGGCAAAUGAGUGCUGCAAUUAAUACCGACUGCGUAAAAUCUCUAUUCUACAAAGAAUACGGCGAACCUGUUGAGGUUCUUCAAGUAACGACGCAAACGAUAGAACAACCAGCGGGCGAUCAAGUAUCUGUAAAAUGGUUACUAUCCCCGGUGAAUCCAGCCGAUAUAAAUACGAUACAAGGAAAAUAUCCUAGCAGGCCUCCUCUACCAGCGGUACCGGGAAAUGAAGGAGUUGGAGAAAUAGUUGCGGUUGGCUCUAAUGUUCAAGAUUUGCAUGUUGGAGACAGGGUGGUGCCAAAUGGUCCUAAUUUUGGAAUAUGGAGAACGCAAGCCAAUUACAAUUUCAAGGAUGUUAUGAAAAUACCAAACGAUGUUGAUCUAGUCAUAGCCAGUAUGAUGAACGUGAAUCCAUGUACAGCUUAUAGAAUGUUGAAGGAUUUUGUUUCAUUAAAGCCUGGAGACACUGUGAUACAAAAUGGUGGCAAUUCCGCGGUUGGUCAGCUGGUCAUUCAGUUAUGCAAAAUAUGGAGUUAUAAGUCUGUCAGUGUUAUUAGAGAUAGGCCAAACAUACAGGAAUUAAAGAAUCAAUUGGCAACCUUAGGAGCGGAUCAAGUAUUAACCGAAGAGGAGGUCCGAAAUACACAAUUGUUCAAAAAUAAGAAAUUACUUGCACCGAAGUUAGCUCUUAACUGCAUCGGAGGGCAGAAUGCGCACGAAGUAAUGAGACAUCUUGCUCAUGGUGGUACAAUGGUGACUUACGGCGGGAUGUCCAGAGAACCACUAACUGUACCAAUAUCCGCACUUAUCUUUAAGGAUAUAUCGUUAAAAGGAUUUUGGAUGACAGCUUGGACGAAAACAAAUAUGGAAUCUCAGGAGAGAGUGGAUAUGUUUAAAAAUUUAGCAGGUUUCUUUAGGGAUAAGAAAUUGCAACCGCCGCCAUAUAAACUGGUGCCUUUCGGCGAAUAUCAAGAAGCUAUUGCUAAGGCGCUCAGUUUCAACGGCCGGACGGGCGUCAAGUAUAUUUUAGAUUUAACGAAAUCUUAAAAAAGUUUUUAUAUAUUUUUGCGUGCAGAGAAUCUAUUUUCUACUUUUCCGUAAUUACAGUCAGUGCAUUUGUGUAAUAGCCUGUAAAGUUACCAUCUUAGGAUUUUGCAAUAUAUACGUACUGUUUUUCUUAUGCUUUGGAUAAGAUCGAAGCAAACUGAAAUAUGUUUUGUAAAAUAGGAGAAUAAUGUUUUUCACAUGGGAACGUAUUUAUUUCU